AUGAUCAUUUAUGGUGAUAAUGAUAUAUAUAAAAUCCAGUCAGUUCUGCGUACUUUUUUUACACCAGCAUUACAGGAAACGGUUAAUUUCUGUUUGCAGCGUUCACCAAAGGUAUUUAAUAUUGAAGCAUAUUGCGAUAUUUGUCAGAAAGAAUUUUGCAAUAAAUAUUAUUUGCAAACACAUCGAAAAGCAAAACAUGAAUUAAAUUUAAGCGCGUUCAGUGCAUUUAUGAGUUCAAAAGCGGAAACUGCGUUUCGACAAGGCUCUCCUAUGAUCGGCACAGAUUUUGUAAUGAAUGGUCAAAUGAUUAAUCCAGAAAUGCAAUUUUUUACUGGAAUCUCACCGCAAUUAUUUUCACCAAAUGUUGAUCAACGAACAGCAAACCAGCCAACAUCUACUGAUUUACAAGAAUUGAUGAUGUACUGUAUAGAUCCGGUUACGAUAAAAAAUUUCUAUGAAACACGAUUGGCGGCAACAAAUAAUAUGACAAAUAUUUCAUCCGUAAGCGAAAACAUAAAUAAAGCAAAUCCAGUUCAUGACCUUAUAGAUCCACAACCUUCAAACCAUUUUUCCGCAAACGAAAGCCAAAAUGAUGAAACUCAAGCUCAAGCAAGAUCAAGCAAUGGUCAAGCAGCAGAACGAAUUGGAAUCCCAACAAGUGAUUUGGCAACGACAACGACAACGAUGACGGCUACAGUGAUCCAUGCAGAAAAUAUUGAUAGUGAUUCAGUGUUAAGCUCUGUUAAGUAA